AAAAAGUUGCAAUCUUUUUUCAUUUCUUGAUGUUUCUAAGGUUCUUUUGUGUAAAGAUUGUGUUUUUAUGUAUCAAUUGGGGUAAAGUUCAGUUGGGUUGUCAUUGUUUAUGGUGAUAGUUGGAGGGUCAGUUUCAGAUAGAUGAUUAAAUUAACUUACAAUUUGUUUGAAUGGUUGUUACUUAUAAUGUGUGUAAACUUGUCAAUUAGAUCCCAAUUGGUUGUGUUCUUUCCAUUUGUCCAAAAGCCUUGGUGGAUAGACUUUUCUCGUUACGUUACAUGUGUUGGUGGGAGCUAGUAUGUACAAGUGGAAUCAGUUGAGGUAUGUGCGAGCUGGUUCAAACACAAGUGUUAAUAAAACAAGCAAAAAAAGAAUCCGAAAUUGGUUGGAUUUACACUAUGUUGUAAAAGUUGGUUUCUUUAUGUAUCAAUUGAGCUAAAGUUUAGUUGGAUUGUUAUUGCAAAUGGUGAGACAUAAUACUUCAAUUUACAAGAACUCAACAAGCAAAAUCCUAGUAUUUCCCUGUCUUGGAAAACAUGGUAGAUGUUUUUCUUACUCUUCUUUGACCUAUAAACCUUUGCUUAAGUUGUUGUGUCUUCAAUCUUCAUGGGUUUGAAAUAGAAGACUUUACUAACUUUAUUCGUAACAAGGCUUUUGUCUAAUUGGACUUAAUGUUUAUGUAAAGGUCAAGUUUGCAAAAUGAUCAUCAGAAGUAACACAAAACAAAAAAGUGCAAGCUGCCCAUUUAGUCUUUGUUUUUGGAUAGUUAAAUUAUGUUACCAUAAUGGCUAUGCGACAAUGUUUUGGACGGGGAAAGGUGACAAAAGGCGAUAAGGGUCCAAACUAACAUCAUCUUUGUCGCCAUUGUCCCCUCACCAUAAAGCUAAUAGUCGAUGAAGGUUCGCCUUGCCUCACGCCAUUGGGGACCAGAUGAUUAUUUUUCACAACAGUGCUAUGCGAUCAGCUCAGAUGUCAAGCAAGAACUCUCUGAUGUUUCUCUUUAAUUACUGUGUUAGGAACUCUGUAUGAGCUCUACUUAUUUGGUUUUGGUUGCAGCAGCUGUAUCUGCAGCAGUUGGUCAGCUAAUGAAGCCUUUUACUUCAUCUCUAUUUUAUGGCAAUGAGUUCGAUUUCAAGACUGCCUUUCAGGCUGGGGGUUUCCCUUCGACACACUCAUCUGCAGUAGUCGCCACAGCCACAGCCCUUGGCUUGGAAAGGGGGUUUUCUGAUUCGAUUUUUGGUUUAGCAGUGGUUUACGCAGGCCUUGUGAUGUAUGAUGCACAGGGAGUCCGAAGGGAAGUAGGCAUUCACGCAAAAGCGUUCAAUAAAGCUUUGUUCAGAAAUCAAAUAAACUCAGUUCCGUCUACUAGCGAACUUGAUGUUUUGACUGAUUCUAUACAAGAGAAAUUAUCCUCAGAGGCAGAGAACUCUGAUCCUCAAUUAUCAGAAGAAUCAAGUUCAUUUCAACCAAGGUCAAAGAAUGCUACUUUAUUGCUUAAACCCGAUGAGAGAAGAGCCCCAUCGUCUAGUUUUGCUCCGUUGAAAGAACAGGUUGGUCAUACAGAGGUUGAAGUCAUAGCUGGUGCAUUUCUCGGAUUCUUUGUAAGCUUAGCGGUAAGUUUAGCAUGACCCCUCAGUACUCAGUAGUCCUCAUUGUUUACUUCGCCUUAUUUUUUGGUCUAUGAGAUACCACAGAAAAACUGUAUACAACAUAUUUACGAUGCAAAAUGCAACUAAAAUCCCUCUAUAAAUUAAAAUAUCAAGAAAAAAUUUACUAGCUUUGCCUUCA